AUGCUGAUAAAGGUUGCCGUCACUUGUCAAGAUAGGUUGAAAGCAAUCGAGACCGAGAAAACGCGAAAAUAUUACCAGCUUGCUAAUAAGCUUGGGUCAGAGAUGAGAUGCAGAACCAAAAUACUUUUGUAUAUGAUAGACUUGGGAUUAGAUUGUAACGAACUUCCACAAAUGCUAUGCGAAGGAGAUUAUUAUAUCAGACCACGUCGAGGCAUACAUCCAACCGAAAGUGCUCAAGAAGACACUCGAAUGCAUCUAACUCAAUCGCGAGUAGGAUUUCACGAGGAUGAAGGAAAAGAGGUCAGUACAACAAAUCUGAGCCGAAACAAGUACAGCCGGAGUGUCAGAAUAUGA